CAUCCGCAUCGCAGGCGUUAGCUUAACCAAAAGCUCGCAUUUAUUCUGCGUGCUCCCCACCACCUUGUCUUCGCUCUCACGACAAGGACUCGAUCGGAAAAACAUUCGCCGCUUCGACCCAGCAGCUAGCGCGAGCGUUUCAAUUCAGUCAUGCGCCAGCGCGACCGGCUUUGCUGCUCCGUCGUCCUCGCCGUCCUCGUCGCGCUUGGCGCGACGACGGUCGCCGAGGCGGCCACCGGCACGUUCAUCUACGCCGGGUGCUCGCCGUCCAAGUACCAGCCCGGCACGCCGUUCGAGGGCAACCUCAACUCGCUCCUCGCCUCCUUCGCCAACGCGGCGCCCAACGGCGGCUACAACAGCUUCACGGCGGGGAGCAACGGCACCGGGGACGGCGUGGCGGCGUACGGGCUGUACCAGUGCCGCGGGGACCUGGGCAACGACGACUGCUCAGCGUGCGUGCGGGACGCCGUGGCGCAGCUCAACGAGGUAUGCCCCAGCGCGUACGCCGCCUCGCUGCAGCUGGAGGGGUGCUACGUGCGCUACGACAGCAGCAACUUCGUCGGUCAGCCCGACAACGCCAUGGUGUACCGCAAGUGCAGCACCAGCACCAACAGCGACGCCGACUUCCUCAAGAACAGGGACGCCGUCCUCGCCGCGCUGCAGGGCGGCCUCGCGAACGGGUACAAGGUGAGCAGCUCCGGCAACGUGCAGGGGGUGUCGCAGUGCCUGGGCGACCUCGCCGCCGCCGACUGCACGACGUGCCUGGCUCAGGCGGUCGGCCAGCUCAAGGGCACCUGCGGCACGUCACUGGCCGCCGACGUGUACCUGGCGCAGUGCUACGUCAGGUACUGGGCCAACGGCUUCUACUUCCGCCCGUCACAAGAUUAUUCACAAGAUGACGUCGGGCGGACUGUGGCAAUAAUCGUAGGCAUCUUGGCAGGACUAGCGAUCAUCGUGGUGUUCAUAUCUUUCCUCAGAAAAUCAUGCUAGCUUUGACACCUGAAGGAGUUUCAGUUCAACUUGCACUCUGUGCAAGAGGACUUGUAAAGGGAGCUUCGCUUGCAUGACGCUGGCAAGAGCUUCAUAUUGCUUGUAAUCUCAUUUUUCCAGCAAUAUAUAUGUAAGCGAGAUCUUGGUAGGGCUGUCGGAGCAGCACUACCUUACUUUAGAUCAUCAUUUUUUUGUCCACUAAUAAUCGGCCUACCUGUU